ACCUAAUUCCUCACCCAACGCAGGUGAUUUCAUUGUUCACUUGCGUGGUGUGAAAAUACAAGGAAAAUGUUUUCCGCAGUAAGUCAGUGUGGGAGGAGUGGCCAGGCUGUAGUGUUGUACUGAUAUGCCAAGUUGAACCAUGUUUUAUCUUAAUACAGUAAACAUGAAGUCAUCCUUUUUUCAUCACUAUCUUGCUUUGAGCGUUCAUAGUGCGUUUUACUCGUAAAUAGUUAAGUUUUUUUUUCCUUGUCCUAGCUGAUAAGGAGGCCGGAUGUAGUGGUGUAAUCCCCACCAGGGUGACUUUUAGGAAGCUGGGAGGCACCUGACCUAGUAAAGGGCGUCCUGGGCACCACCGAACCAAUGCUUGUGUUGAUUUGAAUUCCUAGUGAAGUUCAUUAUCAAUUUGGUUUUAGUUAAUCAAGUCAUCUUGACACAGGAUGAACUCAAGAAUCUUUCUUUAUAAAGAACAUGGACAUCGAAAAAGAAAAAUUAAACGAAGGUGAUUAAAGGUUGCGAGUCCUUUGUGUUGGAAAACCCGAGCUAAGCGCACGUAACCCCAAAGCUGGAGUCUCGGCCUAGCACAGCACCGCCUGCCCUCCCUCCCCCCAUGCAUGACCUCCACGGCCAAACAACAGGUGGUAUUAUGAUGCACGCAGCUGUCGAUGGGGAUUUUGAGGCUGACGAGUCCCAGUACCUCCUCUCUGACACAGACACAGAGACCCGCACCUUCAGGAUGACGGGUACCCAGAAGCUGUGUUGCCUCUCCUACUGCGUGCGUAACUGCCUGGCCCGGCUGUGUGAGGGUCUGGUCAACUGUUGCCUGCGUCGCCGCCAGCUCACGGCGCGCUCAGUCCGUGUUGGUCACCCCACCGUGGAGAAGUUCCCUGCCAAUGUCAUACGAAAUCAGAAGUACAAUUUCAUUACCUUCAUUCCAUUGGCACUGUUUGAGCAAUUCAAGAUGUUCCUGAAUCUAUAUUUCCUAGUCAUGGCCACCUCACAGUUCAUUCCUGAGCUGCGUAUUGGCUACCUCUACACAUACUGGGGGCCCCUGGGGUUUGUUAUCAUGGUUACUCUGAUCCGUGAGGCUGUGGAUGAUGUGAGGCGCUGGCAAAGAGAUAAAGAAGUGAAUCAACAGAAGUACAAGAAGCUAACACCACAGGGAGCACAGCGCACCAUCACCAGUGCCAACAUCAGGGUCGGAGAUCUCAUAUUUGUGGAGAAGGACCAGCGAGUGCCGGCAGAUGUGGUAUUCCUCCGCACCACCGAGGCAAGUGGCACUUGCUUUAUCCGCACAGACCAGCUAGAUGGCGAGACUGACUGGAAGCUGCGCCUUGCUGUCCCAGUCACCCAGAAGCUGGAGACCAACGAGGAACUGUUCUCCAUGGAUGCAACAGUGUAUGCUGAGAAGCCCCAGAAGGACAUAUACACCUUCAUAGGUACUUUCACCAAGCAUGACACAUCCACAGAGGAAUCCCUGAGUGUGGAGAACACUGUGUGGGCCGACUCCGUGGUGGCCUCUGGCAGACUGCUGGGGCUGGUCAUCUACACUGGCUCUGAGACCCGCGCCGUCAUGAACAAUGCAGCACCAAGGUCAAAGGUCGGCCUUCUUGACCUGGAAAUCAACAAUCUAACCAAGUUGCUGUUUGUGGCAGUGCUGGGCCUGACAGUGGUGAUGAUGCUCUUGAAGGGGUUCAGUGGGCCCUGGUACCGCUAUUUCUUCAGGUUCAUGCUUCUCUUCUCAUACAUCAUCCCCAUCAGCUUGCGAGUGAACCUUGACGUGGGGAAGGCCUUCUACUCUUGGGUCAUCCACCGGGACAAGGAUAUGCAGGGAACAGUGGUCCGGUCCACCACCAUCCCCGAGGAGCUGGGCCGCAUCACCUACCUCCUCACUGACAAGACUGGCACACUCACCCAGAACGAGAUGGUGUUCAAGAUCCUCCACCUCGGCACUGUGGCUUACGGAUCUGACACUUUUGAUGAGGUGACAACACAUGUGGCGACCUUCUUUGGCAAGGAAAGCAGCAGCAGCCAGGGAGCUACUGCCACACCCACACGCAUGCGAAGGACAGUGGUGACACGGGUUGGGGAGGCAGUGAAGGCUCUAGCACUCUGCCAUAAUGUGACACCUGUGUAUGAGGAAGGAGUCAACCCAGCACUAGAGGAGGGAGACGAGAUCCAGACCAACCACAAUGUUAACUACCAAGCCUCUAGUCCUGAUGAGGUGGCACUGGUGAAGUGGACGGAGAGUGUUGGCCUGCCUCUGGUGCACCGCGACCUGACCACCUUGACCCUACGCACACCGCAGGGCAAGAUGCUGACCUACACGGUGCUUCAGAUCUUCCCCUUCACCUCGGAGUCCAAGAGAAUGGGCAUCAUUGUGAGGGAUGAGUCAUCGGGCCAGGUGGUGCUGUACAUGAAGGGGGCGGACACAGUGAUGGCAUCCAUGGUGGAGUACAAUGACUGGCUGGAAGAGGAGUGCAUCAACCUGGCUCAGAAGGGCCUCCGCACACUGGUGGUGGCCCGCAAGGUGCUCACUGCUGAACAGUACACUCACUUUGAGCAACGGUACAAUGCAGCCAAGAUGAGUGUGACGGAGCGAGGGAGUCGAGUGGCGGCAGUGGUGGAGACCCUGGAGUGUGACCUGGAGCUGCUGUGCCUUACUGGGGUGGAGGACAAGCUGCAGACCAAUGUGAAGCAGACCCUGGAGCUGCUGAGGAACGCCGGCAUGAGGAUCUGGAUGCUGACAGGUGACAAGCUUGAGACAGCCACCUGCAUUGCUAAGAGUUCCCGUCUAGUCUCGCCAAACCAAGGGCUCCACAUCAUGGGUUCACUGGGCUCACGGCGGGAGGCUCAUCUGGAGUUGAAUGCCCUUAGGAGGAAGAGUGACUGUGCCCUCAUUAUCAAGGGUGAUGCCUUGGAGACCUGCCUGCAGUACUAUGAGCAUGAGCUGAUGGAUCUGGCGGUGCAGUGUCCUGUCGUGGUGGUGUGCAGGUGCUCCCCAACACAGAAAGCGGCUGUGGUGCGGCUCAUCCAACGACACACAGGGAAGCGGACAGCAGCCGUAGGGGACGGAGGCAACGAUGUGUCCAUGAUCCAGGCAGCAGACGCAGGGAUCGGUAUUGUGGGCAAGGAAGGCAAGCAGGCAUCACUGGCAGCAGAUUUCAGCAUUGAGCAGUUCCAGCACAUCGCCCGCCUCUGUCUUGUCCAUGGCCGCAACUCCUACAAGCGGUCGGCAGCGUUGUCCCAGUUUGUGAUGCACCGUGGCCUUAUCAUCUCCACCAUGCAGGCUAUCUUCUCCUCCAUCUUCUACUUCUCCAGUGUAGCGCUUUACCAAGGGUUCCUUAUGGUGGGGUAUGCCACGAUCUACACCAACUUCCCUGUGUUCUCCCUUGUGUUGGACCAGGACGUCUCACCUACCAUUGCCCUCACCUAUCCUGAGCUGUACAAGGAUCUCACCAAGGGGCGCUCGCUGUCCUACAAGACCUUCUUUGUCUGGGUGCUCAUCAGCAUGUAUCAAGGCGGGGUGCUCAUGUAUGGUGCAAUGCUGCUGUUUGAGGAUGAGCUGAUACACGUGGUGAGCAUCAGCUUCACCUCUCUCAUCCUGACGGAGCUUCUGAUGGUGGGGCUGACAGUGCGCACUUGGCAUCCCCUCAUGGUGGUGGCACAGUUCAUCUCCCUUGGCUUCUAUGCACUUUCUGUCAUCUUCAUGCACUACUUUGACUGGGAGUUCAUCAAAUCAAAGGACUUCUUCUGGAAGGUCCUCGUUAUCACCCUCGUCUCCUGCCUACCACUCUACAUCCUCAAGUUCCUGAGACGCAAGUUCACGCCUCCAACUUACUCCAAACUGGAAGAACUUAACACCUUUGGGAGCUCAAGCCUCACUCAGCAGCACCCAUGAGGCAGCUGCUGUGUGUUGGGUGCUGUGGUGUGCUGAGUACGAGUUUGUAAAAGGUGUGGUAGUUGUCAGAGUAGUGCUAGGGUGUGUGAGGCUGUGUUGGUUAUGAUAGAUUAGGACAGUGCCAGGGUGUGAUAGGAAGGGCAGGGCAGUGCUAGGGUGUGUGAGGCUGUGUAGGGUGUGACAGGAAGAUGCAGCAGUGGUAUGGUGUUGGUGUGGUGUAGUGUGGUGUUGAGGAGAGUAAGGUGUGAGUUAUUGAGAGUUACGUCCUUGCAAUCUGUGUGUGUAAAAUAUGCUAUGAUUCUACAAAAGAUAGAGAGUGUAAGACUAUAUGUGAGUUAUCCCUUAUAAGCACAACUGCCAAAAAAGCAAUUACUCUUAAGAAAAAGUGAUGGAAAGCUAAAAAGAUUCACGACAGUAAAAUUAGAUGCGUCUUCCACAGAGGUACACUAACCUGAAGGAUGAACUAACGACAGGUGUGGCACAGGUGAUAUAGAAAGUAGUACAGGGCAGGGUAGAGGCAGGUGUAUGUUGAGUAUGAGGAGAUAUGGGCAUACAGGGAGUGGGAUGAGGGUGUGAUGGGAGGCAGAGGUGCAUAUCAGGUGUUUAUUAGGUGUGAGGUUCUUGUGUACAGCAUCACUGGGAGUCUUAAUCUCUCUGGGGAGGCUUAGAGUAGCUUGGGUUUGGGGACACACAGCAGAAUUAUUCAAGAUGAAGUGCCUAGUGGUGGGGUGCAUCCUCGGCCCCUACAGAUUCAUCACACGUCUGGUAAUAAUCAAAAUGUCACACCCUUUUGUAUCUUCCUUCACGUCUCUUUCUCCUUCAUCAGUUAUAGGAGUGCUUUCAUUCAUUCAUUCGCAACUGGAGUGUUGUUUUAUAGCUCUGAUAUUUUUUAUUGAUAAUGCUAACCUGUUAUGCACUAACCUAAAUUUUUGUAUUUGUGAUGAGAUGUAUGCUCCUCUUUCACUGGGUGUAACUUGAGGGAACGUCUUUGUGAAGGCUUCCCUAGUGUGUGUGUGUGUGUGUGUGUGUGUAUGGGGUAUUCACAGAGCUUUAACUGCACAUAAAUGCAUAACAGUCAGUGGGUGAAGCACAGAGCACAUAUUAUGGGUAUUAGCAAGUCUUCAGAGGCCUUGUGUGUGCAUGUGGUUGUUUGUGUGCAAGUGUGGAAUUAAGAGUGAGAGACUUCAGUAGCCAUUGUGAUCUUUUAAAACAUAAUUGCCAAAGGGUAUAGUGUGGUUAAUUUCAAGGCAUCGGGAGGGAGGGAAAACCAGGUACUAAUAUAGGAAGAGGCAGCAACCGAGGGUAUCAAAUAUCUAAGGAAUGGUCUCUUUGUUUCCUGAUGUCUGUAAUCUCUCCAGUCAUUGCAUCAGAGGGAAUGAUGACAAGGUUCUCUAACAUACUGAAUGCAGUGCUACAAGAGGUGGUGGGCAGUGUGUAAUAGUGUUCAUAUAUUGAGUGCUGUGUGCUGAGGAAAAGUACAGAAAGUUUGUCUUCAUAGUGCUGUCUGGAAUUUCACACACUGGUAAUGGGAAAUGGUAGAGAAAGGGGAUGGGCUCAUGUCUAUUUUUGGAUGAAAUAAAUGCAGGUGAAUGUUUUUAUAGACAGGGUAGUGUUAGCUUCUCAUUUGCCAUUAUUUUUUUUUUUUUUUUUUUUUUUUCUUUCAAUUCAUGCUAUGUCUGUCUGUUUUCUGUUUGUCAUGCAGGCUGGUGCUGGAGGCUUGCGGUUGGCAGAGACAGAUCUGAUUGAAAGUUUAUGCCAGUUUAAUUUCUCCAUUUCUUAGUUUAGUGUUAUUUAUCAUCACUUUUCAGUUUUCUUAAUUAUUUUAAAGUUAGGGAGCAAUUUUUCUUUCUUUCUUUUUUUCUUUCUUUCUUUCUUUCUUUCUUUCUUUCUCUUUUUUUUUUGUACAUCACUGCUAUUUCUUAAGCUACACAACCACCAAGCCACACACACACACACACACACACACACACACACACACACACACACACACACACUGCUGAACCGUCUAUACUCACACUUUCAGUUUUCUUUUUCACGAGACUUAUGGGUAUUAGAGAUGGUGGAAAUCACUCCUAAAAGUUCCAAUUGGUCAUUUCAAAUUAGAUUCCUGUUGAUUUUCUGGCUAAGAUACCAUCAGUGACAUGUGAAAAAUUUAACUUCAGUGUAUUUACUAAACAUAAGAAAAGACAGCUUCCUACUGGUCUACAGACAUGUAUACAUACAGACAUGUUAAUUAUUUCUAUGUGUAAUUUCGUCAUAAAUACAUAUUUUAUUAUAUUUUCCUAGUAGAGGAUGAGUCUCGUCCUCUGUAUUGUGCUGACGGACACUUCCUACCUCUGGCGCGUGCUGGAGUUGUAAAAAGCCAGUAUUUAUGAUUCUCUGAGAAAAUAAAAGCAAUUUUGUACCC